AUGUCGUCUAAAAUUGCAACUUCUAAUGUUGAUUCCAACUCUGUUGUUGAAUAUAAUCCCAAAUUACAUAAAGCACCGUUUUCAGUUGCUGCUUUGUGUGUUGCAACAGUACUGGGAACAUACUUUUCAUCUCUUAGUUUAAUUGAAUUAAGUCUUUCCAUCUAUUGUCAACAACAUAACCAACCAGAAUUAUUUUCACAAUAUUUAAAUUUUAAAACAAAUGCUCAUAUAUGGAAAUAUUGGCAAAUAUUAACAUUAUCUAUCGUACCUAUUAGUGCAUUUAUUAUAACACGUGAUACUGUACAAUGUUUAACAAGAAAAGCAAAUAUUGGAAGACAUUUAUUAGAUCUUAUCAAUUUUGUUCAGUUGUAUACAAUGUUAUAUAUUAUAAUUAUGAAGCUAUUACCAUUAGAAAGAGAGUUAAUCAAUGGUAAAAUCCCUUCAUUUGAAACAGUCGAGCGAGCAACUAUGUUAUAUUCGAUAUCAUUAGUACUUAAUAUUAUUGGAUGGUUAUUACCAUUUUUCAGAUAUUCUAAUUGGAAAUCAGAUCCAGUAUUUCAUCCAUCUAUUAUAAACAUUAAAAAAGUACAAUAG